AUGGCAGUGAACGUAUACUCGAACAACGUGACAACAGAGAACUUAUCCAGACACGACAUGUUGGCAUGGGUGAACGCAUGCCUGCGAAGCAAUUUUAACAAAAUUGAAGAACUGUGCACCGGGGCAGCUUACUGUCAAUUUAUGGAUAUGCUAUUUCCAGGCACAGUACCACUAAAACGGGUAAAGUUUAGAACAAACUUAGAGCACGAGUACAUACAAAAUUUUAAAAUUUUGCAAGCGUCAUUCGACAAGGCAUACGUCGAAAAGAUAGUUCCGAUCGAGCGGCUCGUUCAUGGGAGGUUCCAAGACAAUUUCGAGUUUCUACAGUGGUUCAUUAAAUUUUUUAAUGCCAAUAAUUAUGGUGCAACCGACUACGAUGCUUUGGCUGCUAGAUGUGGAGCUCCAAUGGAUAACGAAAGUGCUAAUGCUCCUAAGGGUUUGAUACAAAGAAAAAGGGAAAAAUCAUUAAUAAGGCCAGCUUCUACUAUUAAUAGCCAUCUAUAUGAUAAAAGAGAUAAGUUAACUCGUGAAGUUUGUGAAUAUCAGAGGAUGGUAAUGGAAUUGGAGAAGUCUCGAAAAUUUUACCUCAACAAAUUGAAAGGCAUCGAAGCAAUAUGCCAUACAAACAAUACGAAAAAUCAACUAUCACAGCAAAUUUUAAAAGUACUGCAUGAGAUACAGCCUAAAAAAGGUUCUGCCACUGCAAAAGAAAAUUCAGGUGGUGAUGGUGCUGGAGACGAAUAUUAA